UGCCAAACGGCCGGCCAGGUAGGCGUAUCCUCCCUCCCUCUGGAAAGUUCUCUUGCCCGCCCCUCACGAUCACACGCCCCGGAGUUCCAGCGCUGUUGGUUCAGCAGACGCUCGGCGCAGCCAAACCGCCUCUCGACCGAAUCUCCGCCGCUCACCCUGCCCGGACUCCAACAUGACUGCGGGAGAAGAGAAGACCGAGCAGCAGAUCCCCAUCGAGGGCGAGGAUAUCACCCCCAAGAAAGAUGGAGGAGUUCUGAAGCUAGUGAAAAGGGAGGGCAAAGGGGAUGGUACCCCAAUGACGGGAGAUAAGGUAUAUGUCCACUAUACAGGUGUACUCUUGGAUGGAACUAAGUUUGAUUCCAGUAGAGACCGGGAUGAAUAUUUCACAUUUGAUCUUGGAAAAGGUGAAGUUAUUAAAGCAUGGGAUAUUGCUGUGGCCACCAUGAAGAUUGGUGAAGUCUGUCAAAUCAUCUGCAAACCAGAAUAUGCCUAUGGCUCUGCAGGCAGCCCACCAAAAAUUCAACCAAAUGCCACUCUUGUAUUUGAGAUUGAACUUUUUGAAAUCAAAGCAGAAGAUUUAACAGAGGAUGAAGAUGGCGGAAUCACUCGGCAAAUCAGAAAGAAGGGAGAAAGUUAUUCUAAACCAAAUGAAGGAGCCUCGGUUGAGGUCCAUUUGGAAGGCAAAUAUCAGGGUACUGUCUUUGACAGUCGUGAUGUAUCAUUUAUUAUUGGAGAAGGUGAAGAAGUUGAUAUUCCUGCAGGGAUUGAGAAGGCAUUGCUGGAAAUGGAAAAAGGAGAAGAAGCGAUUAUAUCAUUAAAGCCAAAGUAUGGAUUUGGAGAAGCAGGGAAACCAAAAUUUCACAUUCCAUCAAAUGCAUGCUUAGUAUAUGAAGUUGUGUUGAAGAACUUUGAAAAGGCAAAGGAAUCUUGGGAAAUGAACAUAGAUGAGAAGCUGGAGCAGGCUGCCAUUGUCAAGGAAAAGGGAACUGCAAAUUUCAAGUGUGGCAAGUACAAGCAGGCUACCAUACAUUACAAGAAAAUUGUAUCUUGGUUGGAACACGAAACUGGACUGUCUGAGGAAUUAUUAAAGCAAUCCAAUGCACUGAGGCUAGCAGCACAUCUUAACCUUGCUAUGUGCUACAUCAAAAUGGAUGAGAGUUUACAAGCUGUAGAGAAUUGUGAAAAGGCAUUACAGCUAGAUGCAAACAAUGAAAAGGCUCUUUUUAGAAUGGGCGAGGCAAGACUUGCUAUGAAUGAUUACGAACUGGCAAAAGCAAACUUCCAGAAGAUUGUGCAACUCUACCCCAACAAAGCAGCCAAAAUGCAAAUUGGAAUCUGUCAGAAGAAAAUAAAAGAACAGUUGGAUCGAGAGAAAAAGAUCUAUGCUAAAAUGUUCCCAAAAUUUACAAGUACUGAUGCUAAGGAAGUUCCCAAAACAAAAUCUGAAAAGGAUGCUGCAGUGGAGGAAGAGAAUAAGGAGAACCUAGAUGAAGGAGGCAAAGGAGAACCCAUGGAGACAGACACCAACCACAAGUCCCAAGAAUUGGAUGCUUCGGCAUGAGUAUGAUGUGGAGUUUGAAGCUGCAUUACUUCUUUGAUUGUUUUAAGGCUUGAAAUAGUACAGUAUCCUGUGUGUAUAAUAUAUGCACCAGUAAAGAAUUUAGCUUACCUACUUACCUGAGUCACACAAGGUAUUUAAAAACAAAAUGACAGCACGUGCUGGCAUUGAAUAAGAUUAAAUUGGCUCAGUCGUCUUUUCAAUGGCCUAACUUUGGCGCACUGUUAUAUCAUAGACGCUGAAUGAGAGAAGUCUACUCAGGAGCAUUUAAGAAAUGGAAAUUAGAAUAAGUAAUUGGUAACUGUGUGUAAAUUGUUUAACUUGAAAAUAAAUUGAUUCUUUAUUUGCAAGAUAUCCUGCAUUCACCCAAUGAUGUCUUGUCUACUGCAGUAAGUUUAUUCUGCUUAUACAGUGAACCCCAAAAAAUAACAUUGUAACAUGUUCUUGCAACUUGAAUAAUGUUUUUGGUGCUGUUAUUGUUGUGUUACUGAGGUGCACUUGAUUAUUUUAAGGUGACAAAUCUUGUUUUUCUGUCUGUAGCUUACACAUUUUCUAUCAUCGGGUAAUGCAGCUUUUUUUAUACAGUUACUGUAUUCCACAGAAUGACACCAUUAUUGUUAAAUAUUGAUAGUUACUCAUUGUUCCUCUUAAAAGUAAGUUGUGGAGGAGAAGGCCAUCAAUUAUUACAAUUGUUGCAGUCCAGUUGGUCUAUGUUCUGUUUUGCACAACUCAAGCCUUUUACUUCUGAAUUUCAUCUCAUCUUAUCAGUGUCUCUUCCUGUCCAUUUCUUCCUUAUAGAUCUAUUUGGUAAAAUGCAGUCACAACUUACAUGAUGACAGAUUCAGCAUUCUAUUUAACAUUAAUAAAAAGGUUUUUCUUCAAUUUCUUAGUGAGCUUAUUCAUGGGUAUCUUCUGUAUUCUAGAUUUUCCCAUAUAGAUGCAUUUUUUUCCAUGUAAACCCUUCUUGAAAAGUCAUAAUUUUAAAGACUUUAUUAGGAUACCCAUCGAUUUACUGAUUAAGAAUAAAAUUAUCAUUCUAUUUCUUUCCUUUAAUUCCAGAAGUCCUUUAAUUCUGGUAUCAUUUACACACCUUUGCAGUACUUCUAUAUCAGUAUCCUUUUUGAGGAAGAAUAGUGCAUGUCUUCUCUUUUCAAAUGUUAAUAUUUAAUGAAAAAGAUUACCACAUGUGUUUCAGAAUGAUCCAAAAGAAUUUCCUUUAGUAGUUUUUCAUUUAAACAUCAUUACCUCUGAAAUCUGAACAUCCUUCUCAUCGUUGAUUGCUGAGUGCCCUCACAAUUGACUAAACACUUGCUUAAUAGGCUCCAACUAUGGGUUCUUCAGAUAACAUCUUGAGUGUCACUGAUAAGUCAAGAUCUAAAUGAUUUCUGAUUUUUAUGAUGGAUCCUGAUUUGUGUUUUUGUCUUCUCUUGGUCCUUGUGAGUUAACAAUGUAAACUGUUACCCUACAUUUUAAGAUGCACUAUCUCCACGACAGCCUCAAGAUUUUCAUUGCUGUACAUAGUCUUAUUCUGUUAAGGAAAUAUGGGAUUAAAUGUUGUGUGAUAAGUUGAUAUGGAAA